ACCGGAAGUGAUCUGGGGUGAGGGUCAGGAAGGGGAGCGGAGAGCCCGGGCCCUGCAGUGUGUUGGGGGCUGUUUUAUUUUAUUUAAUGCCAGAAACAUGCAGUAUCCGCCGCAAUACGCAGGGACAUAUCCAGCUUGAUGGUUUUUGAAUGGGCAAAUUUCGCUGGUUUUACCGUGAGAUCAUCGAGAGUAGAAGCAGGCCGAUCUCUUCUUGGUGUCCAUUCAGCCUGUUUGCACCUGUUUUUAACUUCAGUAAACUGGACUAUGUGGUUGUGAAGAUGACUGGUGGGAAUGCCCCACAUAGCAGGCGUCCUCUUGUGUCCGAAGAAUCCUACAGUACACAUAACCCCAGCACUGUGCCUUUACUUCACUCACUGACACGUGUCAGAAACAAUGAUAAGAAGAUUCUGGAACUGACCAAUCAGAUCAUCCAGCUGCUGACUGAAGAGGUUCCAAUUAGGUGUGAGGAUGUCACUGUCUAUUUCUCCAUGGAGGAGUGGGAGUAUUUAGAAGGACACAAGGAUCUCUACAAGGAUGUGAUGAUUGAGAAUCCCCAGCCCUUCAGCUCGCUAGCAGAUGGGUCAAUGGAAAGACCUACUUAUAAAGGAUUUCACAGCCCUGCUGCUACAUUAGAUGAUGUAAAUAAAUAUAAAAUCCAGAAGACACAGAGCAACUUUGUACAAAAUGAGGAAGUGGAUUCAUCCUUGUCUGGCGAAGGAAAAAUGAAAGACAUUUCUAUACCUUCAGAACAUAUACAGGCAUCUAUUUAUAUCAAGGAAGAACCAACAUCAAGUGAAGAAGAAAAUCUCACAGACAUUUAUACGCCAGCACGGCAUACAAAUACAGAUCGUCCAUUUACUCAACUUAGGGAGGAAUCCGCAACAACUAAACAAGUAAGACUUCUAGAUAAUGACAUUUAUAUGCCUACAGACCAUACAAAGACCGAAAAUACAUCUACUUGUAUUAAGGAGGAACCAAGCUCAAGUGAAGAUCUCACGGAUACUGAAAUUUGUACACCACCAACAGAGCAUUCAUGGUCUGAAUGUACAUCUGCUCAUAUUAAGGAGGAAAUAAUCUCAUGGGAGGAAAGGGAUGGUGUAAUAAGUGACCUCUAUACACCCACAAAACCUGCUCGAACAGAAAAUACAUCUAUUCUAAAAGAGGAAUUGGCUUCAUGUAAAGAAAGGAAUGUCACAGAUGUUGAAAUGUAUGCAAAUACACAACAUAUCCAAAUAUUGGAUAUAUUGAUUAAUACUGAAGAAGCUGCAAUGAAGACCAACAGUAAACCCAUCACAAUAGUGAUGGACAAUCAAUAUGUUAAAUCCGAUAUAUCGGUUUGUCAACAAAAUAGCAUUACUGCAAAGGCAUUAUAUACCUGCUCUGUGUGUCAGAAAUGUUUUACUAGCAACUUGGAAUUUACCAACCAUCAAGUGAUUCACACAGAGAAACAAUUUUCUUGCUCUGAAUGUGACCAAUGUUUCUAUAAUAAAUCAAGUUUUGUCAAACACCAGUGGAAUCAUCAUAUGGGAAAGAAACGAUUCCCAUGUUCUGAUUGUAAAAAAUGCUUUACUUGUUCCUCGGAUCUUGUUAAGCACCAGAGAAUUCAUAAAGGAGACAAACCAUUAUCUUGCACUCUAUGUGGCAAAUGUUUUCGAACUAAAUCGAGCUUUGUAAAACAUCAGUGGAUCCAUACGAGAAACAAACCGUUCUCCUGUUCGGAAUGUGGGAAAAGUUUUGUUUGUUCAUCCUAUCUUGCUCAACAUCAGAUGAUUCACACAGGAGAGAAACCAUUUCCUUGCUCUGAAUGUGGGAAAUGUUUUGCUUUUAAAAGAAAUCUUGUAACGCAUCAGAGAACACACACAGGAGAGAAACAAUUUUCUUGUUCUGAAUGUGGGAAAUGUUUUACUUUUAAAACAAGUCUUGUAACGCAUCAGAAGAUUCAUGCAGGAAUAAAACCAUUUCCUUGCUCUGAAUGUGGGAAAUAUUUUAGACGUUCUUCACAUCUUGUUAUGCAUCAGAGAACUCACACAGGAGAGAAACCAUUUUCUUGCUCUGAAUGUGGGAAAUGUUUUAGUUGUUCCUCACAACUUGUUACGCAUCAGAGAACUCACACAGGAGAGAAACCAUUUUCUUGCUCUGAAUGUGGGAAAUGUUUAACUAGCCGAGCAAAUUUAGUUAAACAUGAGAUGAUUCACACAGGGGAGAACCCAUUUCCAUGUUCUGAGUGUGGCGUACGUUUUACUCAUAAGUCAAGUCUUACUAAACAUCAGAAAACCCAUAUAGGAGAGGGGCUACAGGGGGACAACAAAAUUAUGGAGACACAAUACAAAUAAGUCUAACUCUAAACUUAAAGGACCAUCUAAAUGCAGUUGCACAGUUGAAUCAUAGGGUUGAUUGCUAAUGUGUCUGGUGGGG